AUGUCUUUCCUGACCUGCGCCUCUGACCUCUCCCCGCUCUUCCGACUGCUCGAUAACUACGAGCAGGUCGAAAAGAAUGAGAUCAAAGCUCGCCCUACUCCACGUCGCAGCUUCUCACCAGCUUUCGAUGUACGUGAGCUCACCGAUGGCUACUAUCUUGACGGCGAGCUACCAGGCGUGAGCCAAGAGAAUAUCGACAUCGAAUUCAGCGACCCCACAACCCUGAUCAUCAAGGGCCACGCGGAGCGAAACUACAACACGGAGACCUCUGAGCCCACCCAGUCAUCUCCACGCCGACACCAACCUACAGUCGAAGAUGAGGAUGAUUCCGAUUCCGACUCGACCUCCUCCACCCGUUCGGUGACCUCCAAGUCCGUUGCAGUCCCAGCUCAGUCCAAGCCCGCAAACUUCCACUAUUGGGCUUCGGAACGUUCCAUUGGUGAUUUCCAGCGCACCUUCAGCUUCCCCACUCGUGUUGAUCAGGAUGCGGUACGUGCCAGCUUGAAGAACGGUAUCUUAUCCGUUGUCGUGCCAAAGGCGACUGCACCCAAGAUCAAGAAGAUCCGCAUUCAAUAG